UUGAGGAGAUGGCCUGCCGCCGGAAGUAUCACUAUUGAUGUACCUGGCCUCAAAAUAUUCUGUAGAAACUGCGAUAAAUCAGGACGCAUCAGGACCAAUUUUACUAGAUUUUGUCUAACCGGUAUUCAGGUUUUCAGGCACCUCAGACUUCAGUCCCGACUUCCGUCACUCUUUCCGUCCUAUAAAUGAUUAGUAUAUAAAUAUGCGGAAUAUAUCAUAGCUUCGCAGGUGCUAUGGUUAUCAUCUUCUCGAUAUUAAUUGCUUGCUCUCGAGCUGCUCCGAUUGAGAAUUUAAUCUCAAGGUCAGGUACUGGAGAGGCUAGCGCCGCAGAUUGGAAACGUUCUGGGACUGGAGAGGCUAGCGCUGCCGACUGGAAACGCUCUGGGACUGGAGAGGCUAGCGCUGCAGAUUGGAGACGGUCUGGAACUGGAGAGGCUAGUGCCGCAGACUGGCGUCGGUCUGGUACUGGAGAGGCUAGCGCUGCAGACUGGAAACGCUCCGGUACUGGAGAGGCCAGUGCUGCAGACUGGCGACGGUCUGGGACCGGAGAGGCCAGUGCCGCUGAUUGGAGGCGCUCGGGUACCAACGAGGAAAGCGCCGCCGAUUGGUAACCUACAGGAUCAAAUAAUGUCCCAGCAACCAGGAUAUCUCCUUCUGACAGUCGCCAUCAUAUCUCGAAACCCCGCUUCAGUGUAUGCUUAGGCUGUCCCCAUCUUUCCCCUCUUCGCCUAGUUGUUUCCUUCACGCUCUUUUGGCUCCGUCAUAUUCGAAUCACUCUGCCUCUCAUUACCACUCUGCGCGGAAAUGCGCAUAUAAUUUCUCUGGAUGUCUGCAUUCAAUUACCAAAGGGUUAUCGUUAGGGUUCGAGGUAGAGGGUGAACAAAACAUAUCCGACAAUCGUUGCUUACGGCUUCCGAAAAAUUUGUUUUCCGAUUGUAUGGCUCAUGGACUCUUCUUUACUUACUGUGGAUAAAUUUGGUUUUUGAUGUAUGGUAUACUCAUCACAAUUGUAUCGUUUUUGAAUAUCUGUCGAAUCAAAAUGUACAGUAGUACGAUCUAAAACAAUGGCAAUCGCAUUACUGCCUGUAAUAACCUGU